ACUUCCCGGAGCGCGAGCCAGGUGGAUGCAUGCUUGCUGCGAAAGAAUCGCCUUUCACCUCGUCUCUUGCUGUCUUCUGGGUUUAUUCGUCUCAAUUCCAGCGUCCUUCCGCGAUCCAUCCUGGUCGCAUGUCACGCGCAUAACAGCAGCCAACAGUAGUCAUGGUGGAGAUGAUGGAAGUGAUCAAGAAAGAGCAGGAAGAAGAUGGUACGGCUCAGCGCCAGGGCCUGGAAGAGGGAGGCGCCAAGAAGAUCGGCGGCGGCGGCCACGAGGAGGAGCCGUCCCCGUCCGGGAAGGUGAAGAAGAAGGCGAGGAAGCAGGGCGUCUCCGAUCCACAACGGAAGCGUGCCUGCGUGGACUGCACGAGGCGAUGCUCCCGAGUUCACGGCCGCGCCGCCGCUUCCUCCUCCUGCAAGGCUCCCCCGGCCCCGGCCGCCGCCCUGACGUCCUUCUUCAAGGUCAUGACGGGCUCCUUCUCCGAAAAACUGGACGUACCGCCCCGAUUUGCCAAGAACAUCCCGGAGCUGGCGGACACCAACGUCUACCUCGAAGACGCCUUCGGGCUCCGCUGGCGGGUGUACCUGUGCGCGCGCGACGGCCGCCUGUCCUUCGGGCACGGAUGGAGGAACUUUGUGCUGGACCACACCGUCGCCGUCGGCGAGUUCCUGGUGUUCCGGCACAUCUCCAGGUCAGUCUUCGCCGUCCAGAUCUUCGCUAAGUCCGCAUGUGAAAGGCUGCAUCUGUGCGAGAAGAACAAGAGGCAGAGCAAGAAGAGGAAGAAGCCCGGGGAGAAGGCGAGCUCCGACGGCGAUCGCACGGCGAAAGCAAGCAAGAAGAGCAGCGAGGAUAAAGAUAAGAAAAGCAGUAAAAAGAAGCAGCGUGCUUGUGAUCUGUUAGAUGGUGAUCAGGAUAGAGCUCGCGGAGAUCAAGAUCACAUGGUGCUGAUAAGCACAGCAAACACUCAAGCUGCGAACUGUGGGGGCUCUGACUUUGGGACUUAUGCAGAACCGACAACACCUUUGGCCAUGAUGGAUCUCGACGAUGAGAUCACCGACGACAUAUUUCUGACAGCCGAUGCAUACGAAUUCGAAACAGAUCUCUGUAUUCCAGAAGAACCAGGAGCAUUUCCUGUGGACAAUGGUAUUGGUAUGGAAGCGCCCGUUACCCACGGCGAAACCUCCGGUUUCAGCUGCGCCGAGAUGAUCGGCUCUCGGAACUGUGACUCUUCCGUGGGAGUUGGCCUCUGUCAUGGAGAGAAAUCAGCAGGCCUGAAAAAUAAACAGAUGGCUGAUGCACGGGUAAUAACAAGCACAUAUACUAAUGCUCCAGUGCUUGACAUGGACAUGACGGCCUUGCCCAGCAACGCGUUGUCAGAAAUUAGAGAGGAAAAGCCCUCUCCUCGUAUUGAUGCAGCAGCGCCUUCCAGUGAGUGCGCAACCGGCAAUUGCAAGAAGGAUACAGAUUAUAAGUUGAUGGAGUUCCCUUCCGAGGGCAACCAGGUUGACACGAAAGAAGCAAUUGUUCUAGUAGAAGAUUCGUCCGCGGAGCAAGACGAGGACCUGCAGAUUCAAGAAUGUACAGGAUGGGCUGCUGCAGAGAUUAUUUCUGGUGGCUCAAAGCCUGGUGAACGUGGCGAGCGCAGGCAAAAACGCCGUAUGCAACCUGCAGGGAACCAUGAGAGCGCGAGUAGGCCAAGCAGCAGAAAGCUCCGCGUCGCGGCGCCCCCGGCUGACCAAACGUGGCUGCUCCCUUGCCGGAUGCCGGUGCUGCCGGGGAGGAAGAAGCAGGGGCGGAAGGUGGUGGUGCUGGAGGACCCUGGCGGGCGGCGCUGGCCGGUGCUCUACCUGUGCACCCCGACCUUCAGUGGCUUCGUGGCCGGGUGGGCCGACGUGCGCGCGGAGAACGGCCUGCGGGAGGGCGACGCCUGCGAGCUCGAGCUCCGCCGCGGCAGCUACUCCGAGCUGGCGCUCCGAGUGCUGGGCGCGCCCGGUUCUACUUCUCAGUAGCCGGCCACCGUUUGGCCUCGCAAACAUGUGCGUAGGUGACUGAUGACGGUGGUGACCAGGGAGUGGUCACAGUUGUAACCGUUGACUUCCUCUCGUCUUGGCACCGCUGACGAGGGGAGGCUGUAAAUGUGCUGCGAAUCCGCAAGUAUUUUUCACCUCUCCUUCGGGUGGUUGUAAUGAAGAGUAUCAUAUGAUACUAACUUCGUAAUGUAUGGUAUCAUAAGUUAAUAUCUUAAUUUGCCUUAUUAA